GCAGAAGCAAUGAAUCCCUCCUUGAAUUGCAAGAUUAUAUCUUCCUUUUUUUUUCUUUUCGUCCCAUUGGAAUAUGCUGUACUUCCAUAGCUAUCGCCAUUGACAUGCAGUACGCGUGCACACCAUUGCUGUGCCUGUGAAUCCACACCUUUCCCUCCCGAUCCCCCACCCAAAGUUUCCUAUAAAUCCGCACCCCCGGGUCCUCGCAAACCUCAUCAUUCAAUCCACCGUCGUCUCCGUUCCAUAACUGCAACCACGCACACAGCCUCGUCGUCGAUCGAUCGAUCCGUCUCCAAGAAUCCCUAGCUAGCGCAGGUCGAGCUCCGGCCAUGGCGUCGGCGCGCCUGUCCCUGGCGGCGGCGAUCCUGCUGAUGGUCCUGGCCGCCGUCGCUCCCGGGCGCGCGGCGCCGCCGGACUACGACUUCUUCUACCUCGUGCUGCAGUGGCCCGGGUCCUACUGCGACACCAGGCAGAGCUGCUGCUACCCCAAGUCCGGCAAGCCGGCGGCCGACUUCGGCAUCCACGGCCUCUGGCCCAACCGCGACGACGGCUCCUACCCGCAGAACUGCAACCCCGACUCCGAGUUCGACCCAUCCAAGGUGAGCGACCUGCUGAGCAGCCUGCGCGCCAAGUGGCCGACGCUGGCGUGCCCGACCAACGACGGGCUCCGCUUCUGGGGCCACGAGUGGGAGAAGCACGGCACCUGCGCCUCCAACGUCUUCGACGAGCACGGCUACUUCCAGGCGGCGCUCCGCCUCCGCGACCGGCUCGGCGUGCUCCGGGCGCUCGCCGCCGGCGGCGUCAGGCCCGACGGCGGCUACUACACGCUGGACCAGAUCAAGGGCGCCAUCCGGGACGGCACCGGGUUCGAGCCCUACGUGGAGUGCAACCGCGACGAGUCCGGCAACAGCCAGCUCUACCAGCUCUACUUCUGCGUCAACGCCGCCGGCGACAGCCUCGUCGAGUGCCCCAUCCUCCCCCGCGGCAGGCCCUGCGGCAGCAGGAUCGAGUUCCCGGCCUUCUGAUCUAGUAGCUGUUUCCGGUUGCUUCAAAGAACGUGUCCUUUUGCUUGCAUUCUCCUGCAAGAGGAUGGUGAUGGAAUUGGACUGUUCAUUUCCCCAAUUCAUGGCUAGUUUUGCAAAUAAAAGAAGUGCUCAUGUGCUGCCAGAGCAAUGGAGCCAAUUCACGUGUAUGGUGCUGAAUCGAUGUAAACAUGACAAGCUGAAUAUUUUCACAUCUGAGAGAUAAAAAUUGAUAAAGCCACUUCGCGUAUAUGGUGCUGAA